AUAGACCCAGUAGUCCGUAUAUGUACAUUUUUGUCUCUCUUCUUUCGGCAUUUUACGCAAUCUCUCUUUAUCUCUCUCUCUUCCGCUUGCUUCAAAGUCUGAGUUUUACUUUCUUCCUUGCUAAUCCCUAUUUGUCCUUUUGUUCUCUCAAGUGUAUAUUCACCCGUAUAGUGCCCCAAGGGAGAGAGCAUAUCUUUAGCAGAUAAUUCUCUUGUCUAUGCAUUGUUAGCGAGUUUGUCAUGUGCAAUCUUAAGUGGCGUAUGGUUGAGAGAAGAUAGGGUUGAUAUUUGUUUGGGGUACAUGAAAUGGAUUUUCAGAAUAACCCACACGGUGAAUAUGGAAGGUUUGAACAGAUACUUGCUCAAUUUCUUCUGAAAACCUUGCAUAUUGUUUUGGACUGUAGAGUUCCUUCGAUCCGACCUUGUGGUCGUAGUGGGGAAGUGAAAAAGAGUGACAAGUGGUUCAAUUUGGUGUUGGGAGAUCGCCCUGCUGUUCUUGAUAAUUUGAAUUUUUGGCAUAGAAACUUGAUGGAGCCAAUGAUAAUAGACAUAAUACUUGUUCAAGAGAAACCUAGUUCUUUGUCAGAGCAUACUACAAGUAUUGCAGGGGCAUAUACAGAAACCAUUAUAGAGAGGUGGGUUGUACAAUAUGAGUAUCUGAGGACAAUGGUUCCUCAAAUUGGUGAUUCGUCUUAUAAGAAAACAUACAAGAAAUCAAUUAUACUGUUUCGCUCCCUUUAUUCAAUGAUGAGACUCCUUCCUGCAUUCAAGGCCUUCAGGAAACUUUCAUCAAGUCAGAGUUGCGACUUUGAUAUCAUUUACAAGGUCUCUUCAUUUAGUGCUCCAUUCUCCAGGUCAGAGGAGGAGUUGAUGAAGCAUUAUACUUUUACUCCCGUUGAUGCCCAGCAGGGCCGUCUUUGUAUAUCUGUGACAUAUCGUGAAGAUCUGUCGGACUUUAACUUGGAGACUGCUGCAUCCUUUCCACCUGCGAUCAUUACAGAUUAUGUAGGCAGUCCUCUUGCUGACCCGAUGAGGUCAUUUCCUUCCUCCUCAUCUGAUAAGUGUGUCCACCCUACAUCAUUUCCCUCGAGAGGGACACAUUCAUCUUCUUCAUCACCUUUCCAGCGCCCACACAGUUGGACAAGUGGUUUCCUCACGUCACCUUCUUUACCUCGGACACAGCCAUAUGUAGGAUCUCCACCUUUGUACCGCUCACCACAUGAGCUUUCAUCUUCACCCAGUGAUGUAUAUGGACAUAGGGUUUCACCUAACAACAGAUUGCCCAUUCACCACAAAGCAACAAGCUUUGAUGAGUACCAGCUUUCACCUCCAUUUUCACCAUCGCCAUCUCCAUCUCCACCCACAUAUCUGUCAGGUGCAAAUCCUGGGCAGACUCGUUUGCGUUCUGGAACUGGCCCUGUCAGUAUCCCUCAUCCAAUUAUGGGUACAAGUUCCAGAUACCUAUCUCCUAAUUUGUCUGAUCCUAACAGACAUUCUCUCCCUCCAAUGUCUCCCAGAAGCACAAAGCAUGAUUCAUCAUUCCAUGAAUCUCCUUCCGGAAUCAGGUCAUUCCGGAAAAUGGAUCCGCAGAGGACUCUAGAGUCUAUCGGCGCUAUCAGUCCUGGACAAAAGAUUUCCAGAGAUACUAGAGAUGAUUCCGGACGGUUCUCUGGUUUGUUAUCUUCAAGUGGUUCGCCACGCUUAUAUUCUAGAAGUUCUAGCAGGCUAUCUUUUCAAGAUGACUUGGAUGUCUGUGAUUUUUCCUGUCCGUUUAUUGUUGAUGAUGUUGAUACUUCCGAUUCACAAGCCAGUGACAACCUCGAUGGGAGAAAAGGUUCAGAAGUUUCUUCUCAGACAUCUGCAACAACCAGAAAAUCCCAAGACGCAGCUGUAGGUGCCCUUGUUCACUUGCUGAGAAGUGCUCCUCCAUUACGCCAAGACUCUAGCUGUUAUACCUCGCAUAGCAUAAAGACUGAACUGGAUGGUGAACUUAGCACUGCAUCUGGAUUAUCCAUCAGUAGGAAGGCAUCAGAUGCAUUGGAGGAGCUUAAAACUUACAAAGAUUUGAAAGAUGUACUGCUGUCUAAGAGCGCAACCCGUUCAGUCAGUGAGGGUGGAAUUUAACCUGGUGUAUCCCACUUACAAAAGUUAGCUCAGAAUGGAUGAAGAUAGUUGAUAUUUCUCCCUAAUGUUGAUAAACAAACUUUUCUAUGGGGAACUCCAUCAUGUAACUUGGAGGGCUAACGGAUUCUGUACAUAAGGUGAUUAAAAUAGCAAACAUUGUUGAAACAGAGUGCUCAUUGACACAUUUUAAGAACAUUGACGGAUGUGAAAAAAAUAAAAAGGAAAAAGAGAAAGAAAAUAACAGUACUUUGGUUCUUCUAAAAGCAGCUUGUUUAACAGGCUUGCUUUUAUUUGUUUGUUAAUUAUAAAUCCGUGUGAUAAAAAGCAGUGAGGUUUUCUGUAA